UACUAUUAAGAUAAUGCUAAAUGACAUCCCCAUGUUGUCCUGUGUUCUCUUAAAAUUGAUACGACUUUUAAAAUCACCAUUAAAUUAAAAUUUAAUAGUAAUUUAUUACAAACCUAAUGGUGAUUUUAAAAAUCACAUUAAUUUUGAGAGGAUACAAUGAGGACUUGGGUCCUUUCAAACCACUAACAAAUGAUUUCCCACUCUGGGUGGUCUUUAUUUACUGUAGUAUAUGGCACUGUUUCAAUUUAGCUACAAAUUUCAUAUUUUUGUUAAUGUCUAUCUAAAGUGUUUGUAGACGUCUGGCAAGAUGAAAAACACCAGAGACCAAUCAUUAGAAAUGAUUGAACCAGUUCUAAUUAGUUGAGAUUCUCUUCUUUUCUGUGCAAUGGAUCAACCACUAGAAGUCAUCAGCUCAGCCUCCUCAGCCCCCUCCAUUGGCUCAUCCUCCGCACUAGCCUCACCAACUGCGCCCCCACCGUUAACGUUGUCACCAAUUUCACCUCACCCUCACCGCCACUUUCACCUGAACCAUUAUUCCUAACUGUUUUGCUAGCUUAUGCAACAUUGCUGGCAUGUAGUAUCACUCCACCGACAAUGAAAGCAUGAAGAAGCUCAGGAGGUGUGGGCUGUGGAUCCAACUUCAAGCAUACUUUGAAGUCGACUUGGAAUUUGAAGAUACAUUGGUAGAUGGGUUGUUCAUGGCCACAGACGGCAUUCUUUUUCCGGUAUCAGAAGAAAUGCCUACGGACAGAGUUCAGUAGAAGAACACAAGAUUGCUCCAAUCAAUACAAGAUUGUUCCAAUUCAUGCUUCCGAAGAAGAGAAGAGCAUGAAUUUCAAGAUCCUUCGAAGUCAUGGAGCCGGAGAACAUCGAUUGGAAGAACGUCGAGUCCAUAUUUGUCAAAGAUGACAUGUACGAGAACUUCGAUGCGCCUCAAUGGGUCGAUCUCUCUGCCCCGGACGAACCCAUUGACGAUGAACCUCGGUUCUGCAAUCCAGAUUGCAAGCAUCCGAAGAAUGCUGAAGAUUUUCUGAAACCAAUUCGCUAUUCGAAGGUUAAGCUUCUAAGAUCAGUUUCCAUUUCGGAAAUUUUUCCUUUCAGGGAUAGGAAUCGCAGAGAUGUGAAGCAAAAAGAACAAGAAAUAAAUUCAUCUUCAGCUGCAGCUGCAAAAGUUCCCACUCAAAAGUCUUUGAGAGCCAGAGGAUCAUAUUUUUCAAAGAAUUCCAUGGACAGUGAGAACAAGAAUCCAAACGUUUCUGCUCCCAUUCCCAAUGGCAGGACCACCAAGUCUAAGAAAGCAGCAUCGAAACCAAGCACAGAGGUGAAGAAACAAUUUGGGAAUCCGUUGGAGCACGAAAAGAAGCCACAGCUGAGGAGUACUUUCUCGGCGCGUAAUUUGUUAGGUGGACGGGAAAUUCUGAAUCAGAUCACGGAAUUCUGCUCUGAAUUGAAGAAAUUGGGGAGCAAGAGUUCGAAGAAAUCCACGGAGAAAGAGGAGCAUAGGGUUUUAGGUGAGCUGAAAGAGAGAGUCAGAGACAGAGAGAGGAUGCCUCUGCUUGAGACUAGAGAAGGGAAAGCCUGAAGCAAUGGAACAGAGGAAGGAAACAGGAGAAGAAACAGAGGAAACAGGUGGAGGACACAACAAUUUCGGGAUUUUUCAUUACCAAAUGAAUGCAACACGGAUUAUGAAGAGCAGUGCUGGGCUUGGCCCAAUACAUUUCCACUAAAUGCACUAUGUCGGCCGAGAUCAUAUUAGUAUUUUACAUCUCAUAAUAAUAUUGGUGUAAUAGUUUUAAUAAUUUAUUUUUUAUUUUUAAAUAAAUAUUAAUUUAAACAGCAUUGUAAAAUAAUUAUGA